GGAAACAGGUUUGAAUAGUGAAUAUGGGUCAUCCAUCCAUCCACCACCCCCUCCCCCAAUAACCUGCCUCCCCUUUCGCUUUGUAACGCAGUAAACACCUCCCUUCGUUCGGUCGGACGUACUUUCUCUUUCUGAGGGGGUGGAAGAGGAAUAAAAAACCGUGUCUGAGAGUCAGAGAGAGAAAACCAGGCCUUAAAGAGGCGGAGCCUUUCAAUCGAUACUAGGAAGCCGAGGUUUUUUUUCACAUCGGGAAGUAUCGAGGGUGUAGCCAGUCGAGAGAGAGAGAAAACAGAACAGGCGACGUUGUUGGAGAGCUGCGGCAGAGAGAGAUCCACAGGAGACAGGGACAGACCAAUAACAAGAUCCUCUGUGGGACUGAUUGGGUUCCAGUGGGAAUCUGCGCUCCAUUAUCGAGUGAAAUCUACCGGCUUGCACGUUUCAUUCGGCUAUGGCUAUGUUGUAUCUGAUUCCCCUCGCCUUCCUCCUUCAGACCUGGACUGUUUGCGAUGCUCAGAAUGUGAAAGUGGAACCCUUCGUUAGUGGGUUUGUGGGGCAACCGGCGACCCUACGGUGCCAGAUCGUCGACCCCGACAGAACGCUUCAGAUCACGCAGGUUACUUGGAUGAAGGACCCCACCACCAGUAAGAUCAACCUGGCUGUGUACAACCCCGACUAUGGCACCAACUACCCCACCGAUACCGGUGGCCGGAUUCACUUCCGCCACGUCACCGACGGAGACGCCACGCUGAUCAUCGAUCGCCUGGAGAUGGCGGAUGAUGGGAUUUACAGCUGCGAGUUUGCCACCUACCCUGAUGGUAACCAAGAUGCUACCACCAACCUGACCGUUCUAGCCAAACCUGUGAACAUUGGUAAAGCGAUCCCAGUCAAAGCUGGACACACUGAGGUCCCUGUGGCCAUGUGUGCCUCAGUGGCUGGAAAACCGCCAGCCUCCAUUACCUGGUCCGAGGGCUCCGGCAACGUCUCCGAAACCACCAUCAAACACAACAACGGCACCUUCACUGUGAAGAGCGACUACAUGCUGAUUCCCAGCGGCGAGAACAACGGGGAGCGGCUGACCUGUGUCAUAAAUCAGAAGGCACUAGAACGGCCUCAGACCAUUCCCAUCACACUCUCUGUGCAGUAUCUGCCUAUCGUGAUCAUUGAGGGAUAUGACGAAAACUGGUAUCGGGGCCGGGAGCAUGCUUCAUUGACUUGUAGUGCCAAAGCCAACCCUCAGGCUUCAAAUUACAAAUGGCUCAUGAACGGGGAACCCCUUCCUUCCAAUGUCCAGGUGGAUGGGCACCAGCUGACUGUCAAGGGCGUGGAUUACUCCGUCAAUGGCACUUUUACCUGCCAGGCUACCAACAACAUGGGCACUGGUCGUGCGAAGUUGGACAUUGUAGUCCGUGACAAACAGUUGCCACAGCCGAGCAACGUGGGAGCGAUCGUGGGCAGCGUGAUUGGGAUCUUGGCCCUCUUGGCCAUCAUCGGCCUGGUUGUCUUCUUCCUGCGCAAGCGCCAGAGCGGGGAGGCCGGCUCCUACGAGACCAAGACGCGGGUCUUCGGCGCUCGCAACGGCGCCCCCCAGCCCGACUACACCUAUCGGCCGGACUCGGACUCCGAGAAAGGGCCCAGUGCCACCGUGACGACCGGCUCCACGAUCGUGGGCCAGCACACCGCCGAGGGAGAGAAGCUGCUGACGAGCGAAGCGCAGGAUUACGAGAACGGGAAGGGGGAGGACUACGAUGAGGACCUUGGCAGCUCCAAGGGCCCCGCUCUGACCCUCCCAGACCACCGUCGGGACGAGAUGCAAAUGGAGGAUGAUAUGGAAUCUCAGCGAGAUGGCUCCAUCAUCUCCAAGAGAGCAGUCUAUGUUUGAGGGUUCGGAAGCCUGUGCUUUUGUACCCCCACCCUUUUUCUGCUCCUUCUGCGCCCCCCGCCCCCCACCACAUGUGAAUUGGACACCGCCAUUUCAUCACCACCCAGCCCCUCCCCACCCCCCCUCACCUUGUGUGUCCUUAACUUGGGGUAGGGUGUAUGAGCAGUGACACAAUGAACUGCAAGUGUGUGUGUACGUGCAUCUUGUUCAGAAGAUAGCGACGGAACUGAGAAAAGCAUCAUGAUCAAAGGGGCCUGGACUGACUGCCUGACAAAAACGGCAGAAGGAUUUGGGGAGUUGGGUGGAUGGGGGUUCAGGCAAAGGGACCUGUAUCUGAAUCGGGGGUGGGGGUGGGGGGGGAGAGAGGAGAAUGAAUGAAUGAAUGACAAGCAAGGGCUGAUAUCAGGACCGAGAUCAGCUCGGCUUAUUUUUUUUAAGGAAAAGGGCAGCGGAAUUGAGGGGAGGAUUGGGCUGAAGCU